AUGAGGAAGAGUGGGGCGAUGUCUUUUACGAACGGGAUCGUGUCGAUGGACUUGCGUAGCUUGUCAGCGUUCUGCUACUCUUCGAACGACAGCAAACAGGUGUGGCUUACGACGGUGGUGCCUUGGCCAGCUGUGUCGACUAACUUCACGGACAGCCCAACGACUCUAGGUGGUUGCACUCGUCAAGUAGACCGAGAGGUGCUACAGAAACAGCUGCCUGCGACGACUGAAAAACACCUACCGACUUUCGCUAGAGAAAACUAA